GGGGAAUGACGAAGUAUUUACUCUGGAUUUACUCCGUACUUUUCGUACACUACCGAACUAUGAUAUAUCUUCCCUGUAUCUCCUUCCUUAAUAAGGUUUAUGAUGGACGUAACUCCUACAUCCUAUAUAUCUCAUUCUGAAGAUGUGGGCUCAUGUACGUGGAUGAUGCGACUACCCAAAACAGAGCUUCUUUGCACCGUUCCCACAUCCGCUCAGUCAUACUGCCUCAUUUCCUAGGUAUGUUAUAGUGAUUCUGUCUCAAAAAUAAAGACCAAAGUUAUAAGAACACUAACCAGACGCUUGAAGAUUAUUCGGCUCGGCACUGUCACGGGUUGCAAUGACGAAUCUUCACUAUCUCAUGACAAGCGCACGAUCUACCGUUCGAGAUACGGUAGACAAACUCACCUCUGAACUCCGGCAUGUCAAUCUCGCUCUGCAUGGGAAUCCAGAGAUAGCGUUCCAGGAGUUCGCUGCGCAUGAUACCAUUGCCAACUUUUUAGAAGGACUCGGGUUUGAUGUUCGUCGCAGUGCCUAUGGAUUAGCGACCAGUUUCGAGGUCGAAUUCGGCACCGGCGGAAGUCUCGUCGUAUUUUGUGCCGAAUAUGACGCUCUACCCGGAAUCGGUCACGGAUGUGGUCAUAAUUUGAUUGCGACGUCUUCCAUAGCGGCAUUCCUAGCCACAGUAGAGGCUCUAAAGCGUAGCGGGCGUCCCGGGAGGGUCCGUCUGCUCGGAACGCCGGCCGAAGAGGCCGGAGGUGGGAAAGCCAAGCUUCUAGAUGCAGGUGCGUUUCCAAAAGAUACUGCCGCUGCUAUCAUGGCACACCCAAUGUGUGCGCGACAGAUUUUCUACGACGUGUCACAGGGUUAUCAGGGGCUGGCAGCGCUGAAAUUCAUCGCGACACACUUGUUCAAAACCGAAUUCCAUGGAAAGGCGGCACACGCUGCUGCCGAGCCCUGGAAUGGAGUUAAUGCCUUCGAUGCCGCCGUUGCCGCUUACAGCGAUGUCGCACUUUUACGUCAGCAUAUACAGCCCGAGGAUCGCGUACAUGCUGUGAUGGAGGUGGGCGGCACCGUGCCAAAUGUCAUCCCGGAGUACACACGAGGUACCUGGAUGGUUCGAAGCCCAACGAUUGAAAGAGCAAACCGACUGCUCGAGCGUGUCAAGGCGUGCAUCCAGGCCGGCGCUUCAGCAACUGGAUGUCAAGUCACGUAUCAAGAGACUAGGUCACCCUCCUAUCUCAACUUGACCGCGAACAAGACGCUCAGCGAGGUGUACGUUGAGGAAAUGGCCGCCAACGGUCAAAAGGUCAUGUUACAGCAGGAGAAGCCUAUGAACGCAUCGACAGACAUGGGAAAUGUAGCUCAUAGUUUCCCAACUUUCCACGGUGCUUUUAUCGUCCCGGCAGGUGCGGAUGUAACUCUUCAUAGCAGCGACUUUGCCGAGGCUGCUGGAACCGAAGCCGCUCAUACGGUCGCGUUGCACACUGCCAAGGGAAUGGCAAUGCUGGCAGUGCGUGUUCUCCUUGAUGCGGACAUCGCGCGGAAUGCGAAGCGAGAUUUUCGGGACAAUCAUGACUGGUGA